AUGGGCAACAUGGCAACAGAGUUCGCCGCCUUUCUUCUAACCAUCUCCGGGUGGAUCUUGGUCUCGUCCACCGUGCCAACAGACUACUGGAAGGUGUCGUCUGUGGACGGGACGGUCAUCACCACGGCAACCUUCUGGUCCAAUCUGUGGAAAACAUGUGUGACGGAUUCCACGGGAGUGUCCAACUGCAAAGAGUUUCCGUCGAUGCUGGCUCUGGAUGCUUAUAUUCAGGUGUGUCGGGGUUUGAUGAUUGCCGCCGUUUGCCUGGGUUUCUUCGGCGCCGCUUUGGCUUUACUGGGAAUGAAGUGCACAAAAAUAGGGGGCUCGGAGACCACCAAGGCUCGUCUGACUGUCCUGUCAGGCCUCCACUACAUUAUCAGCGGCAUCUGCUGCAUGACGGCAUGUUCCGUAUAUGCAGCAGGAUCACAACAGACUUCUUCGACCCGCUCUUUGUCGCACAGAAGUUUGAACUGGGAGCGGCUCUCUUCAUUGGCUGGGCUGGAUCCGUGCUCUGCAUUUUAGGUGGACUUGUUUUCUGUCUCUCUCUUUCCGAAAGCUCCAGUCUGUGGUCA